CAUCCAAAGGCGGGAGGCGGAAGGCGCCCCAGGUUUGAAAUAGGAAAGUUGGCGCGGCUGCGGAAGCCGACCUAGGAGACUGACUGUUGGCUGGCGUCGGUUAAGGUGUUGUGUAGGGCAGGGGGCCGGGCUCAGGCCUGCCCUAGAAGCCUUGUCUUACAAAAUGGUGGAGGACGAACUGGCACUGUUCGAUAAAAGCAUAAAUGAAUUUUGGAAUAAAUUCAAAAGCACUGUAAGUGACACCUCCUGUCAGAUGGUGGGACUAAGAGAUACCUACAAGGACUCUAUUAAAGCGUUUGCAGAAAAGCUGUCUGUGAAAUUAAAGGAGGAAGAACGAAUGGUCGAGAUGUUUCUGGAAUAUCAAAAUCAGAUCUGCAGGCAAAAUAAGCUCAUUCAAGAAAAAAAAGAUAAUUUGUUAAAGUUGAUUGCUGAAGUAAAAGGCAAAAAGCAGGAAUUGGAAGCACUGACUGCAAAUAUCCAGGAUCUUAAGGAAGAAUAUGCUCGGAAGAAGGAAACUAUUUCCAGUGCUAACAAAGCUAAUGAAGAGAGGUUGAAAAGGCUACAGAAAUCAGCAGUUGUGUAUAAAGAUCGACUUGGCCUAGAAAUUCGAAAAAUCUAUGGUGAUAAAUUGCAGUUUAUAUUCACUAAUAUUGACCCUAAACAUCCUGAGAGCCCAUUUAUGUUUUCCCUGUGCCUAAACGAAGCAAGGGACUAUGAAGUGUCAGAUAGUGCUCCUCAUCUUGAGUGCCUAGAAGAAUUUCAGGAAAAUGUAAGGAAGACCAAUAAUUUUUCAGCUUUUCUUGCCAAUGUUCGGAAAGCUUUUACUGCUAUGGUUUAUAAUUAAUGUAUAAAUAGUAUAUAAAAAAUGUUACCCCUAUUGUGUAUCAAGGCAAGUUUUUGUUAUCCUUAUCUUGUAUCAAGUCAAGUUUUUGAAGGUCAUGGACUAGUAAUAUUAAAAAAUGAGAAGGCUGGGCCCAACCUAGGGUUUGCAGUUUUUAAUAUGUACUUCACAAAAUACUGUCAUCCUAAUAUCAUAAAGGAAAGAAUAUUUUUAUCUUAAACCAAGAGGGAUCUAAAAUUAAAAUAAACGACAAACCUUUACAUCAGAAGAAGGCUGAUAGUAUUCUCAGGUAUGUGAAGUAAAAUUCAUAUUUUAUGGCAAGAGAAGAAAAAUUUAAACCAAUUCUCCACCCUUUGACCUCCUCUCUCCCCCUACUGUGCAUUGUGCAUCUGCACUGUGCAGCGAUCAAGCCUCCCCCAUCAGCAGGGACACCUGCUCAACCAUAAAGAGCAGCAUUCUCCUAGCAUCAAUAAGACAGCUCCUUAAAAGAUCACAUUCAUUUUUUUUUUGAUCACAUUCCUUCUUGAUCUUAUAAGGAGUUACAUGACCUACCAGAAUGACACCUAGAUCAGGAUUAUGUAAACUGUCAAUAAUACAUCAUUUGAUGUACAGCCCUUUGUGUCAUAUAACUGUCUUUUGUUGUUGUUAUUUUUUUUAACUUUCUUAUUAAUUUAUAAUCAUUUUACAAUGUUGUGUCAAAUUCCAUAUAACUGUGUCUUGAUUCCUAACUGGUGGAAUAGUUCUCAGAGCUUUUUGAAAUGCUUUUCCUGGGUUAUAAUCCUCAAAUAUGGCUCGAAUAAAAUUUUCCAUUUCUUUCUUAGAACAACUGAUUAACUUUUUUGUUGACAUAUUCUUGGCAUAGUUGGCAGAAUAUCAGAGCCACGUGCCAGAGGACACCUGGAGUCUACCUAGAACCAGUGCUUGGUACCAGCAUGGGCCCAUUGAGCCCCAUUAGCUUCUCAGUAUUCCUCAGGUGUUCCAAUGAGUUCUGUUGAUAUUUGGAUCUCAUUGUUUGGGUAAUGAUCCUAAAAAUUUUAUUUGAGCUGGUUUUCACUUAAGGCUUGGAGUCUUAAGGGGCACUGGUACAUUUCCUAGGCAGGACCUAGGGGAUCUGGGCGAGGGGCUCAGGGAAACAUAGGUGGCUGGGUUUUUGUUAAAUUUGUCUUAAAUUGAAAAAAUGAGUUGGUAUAUAAUCUGAAGAAAACUUUUGCUAGUGAAUGAGACACUGAAUUAUUCAGCUCCAAAGAAUAAAGAGACAUUUUGCUCCUUCCGGCCGCAUGGCAUCCUCAGGCAACUGAGGACCUCAUGGAAGUGUCAGAGGAUCAAUCUUUGUGACCUGCAGCAGUCCCAUAGGGAACCCUGCCUCAACAGUUAAGUAAGUACUACUUAUCUGGGAGGUGCGACAGAGGCUGGUCACCUAGUCCUCCGAGCACCCAUGACAGUUUUAGGCUGUCACAGGUAGAAACUGAGUCACGUAAAAGAAGUUGAACUGACCUGAGGGUAACUUCUUGGGAGCUAGACUCAGAAACAGCACAAGUGCAAUCCGCCACGUUGUCUUCAGAAAGUUGUUCAGCUCACAUCUCAUAUCUGAAUUAGGCUAUGAAAUUAAUACCAGGAAAUUGUGCCUCAAAGGCCAAGCAGCUCCCAUGCAAACAGCUGCCUAUGGGAAUACCAGCUGGGUUUAUGUAUGCUUGCAAUUACUUAAUUGGGAACUAAAGGAAAUAGGGCCCUGAAGUGGCCAAGUUGGGGUUCUUUUGACUCUCCAAAACUGAAUUUUGAGCACACAGUCAAAGCUGGCAGUCUUCUGUGCCUGCAGGGUCUACUGGAAACAACAGUGGUAAGUGUUUUUCUCUUUUCUAAAAUUAGAUUAGCAGGUUGUGUGUAGUGUUGUAGAUAUGUGGUAUUGCGAAAAUUAACUUGUAAAACAGCUCUAUUUAAUUGGCUUAUAGGAAAUUAAGUGCUUAUAUAAAUACUCAGAAAUAGAAAAGAAUCUGGCCAGAAUGAAUUUGGGUUCACAUGAUCUGGGAGAUAUUUAGUAUUGAAUUAAUAUCUGGUAUUAAAAGUUAGCUUAAGCUUGUUGGUUUGAUUAAUACAGAUAUGUCUUUAGAGUCAUCAAUAUUAAAUUUAAUACUUUUAUUGUACCUAGGUUUACUAGAAAUCAGGGACAUUAAUUUUGUUACAAAGUUUGUCAGCAAGAAAAAUAACGAUAUGACAAAACUUGUAAGGUAAAUAAAAUAGAGGUAAAUGAGAAGACCUUUCAGGUAAACUCUUUAGGAAUAAUUGUGUUUUGGGAAUGUCUGCCUUAAGGAUAGUAGCUCCAGAUUUUGGUAACAUGAAACUAAACCGAGUUAAAAUGAGAUUUCAUUCACUCUCUGGGUCACUUCAAAUAGGAUAAAACACUGGGACAUUAAUUGCUAGGCAGAUCUAGUAAGUUUACCUACCUUUGCUUUCUUAGGAGGGGAAGACUAAAACAUCAGUUUGUCAAUCAGGUAAUACUGGCAGGACAGUUUACAAUUAUUUUCUUCUUGGUUUUCACUAGAGAUUAAGAUUUUAAGGUUAAGAAUGAUAAGGGAAACAUCUCAGUAUGCAGGGAAAGUAGGACAUGUGUUUUCGGCAAAGAAAGCAUGAGGAAUGAAAAUGCAUUUUGUUAAAGGAAAAAAGGUGGUUUUGUCCUCGAGCUGGUUGUUUCUGCAUGGAAAAGAAAG